AUGGCCUCUUCGGCAAUGAUAAUGUUCUGGAUGGCGAUGAUGUAUAUUACCCUCUCUAGGAUGAAAGCAGUUUCAGCAAGUUAUCAAUACCCAGAUGAACCAUACAUUAACUUUACAACCGAGACAAACCAUACAUGUCCGCAAGGAUGUUCUACCUGUAGUGACAUGAGGUAUAUCUGCACCAGCCUAAAUGUCAGCACUGUUCUACAGACAUUCCCGAUUACACUCCAGUACCUACAGCUUACGGAUAUACCAAGUGUUCUGGACAUUCAGAACAACACCUUCAAACGGUACGCCAGUCUGAGGUAUUUAGAUAUCAGUAGGAAUCGCAUUGAAUCAAUCGUCCAAGGAUCACUUGGAGGACUAUGGAAAUUGGAAUAUUUCAAGAUCAGUCAAUCUGGCGUUAUCGUUUAUAAUUACUUCCAAAAGUCUCCCUCCUUAAAAGAUAUGGACAACAAGACACUGUGUGACUUGAAAGCUCUUAAAUAUCUUGAUAUGAGAGGAAACAACAUGAUGAGUUUGGACAGAAUCGUGGACAGACUUAGAGCAAUGACAAAAGCAUGUAGGAACUGUACAACUGAUUACUUGGACUUAUCAUAUACUAAUGACGUUGAUGUAAAAAAUGCACAGAUUCAAAGUUACACGCUGAAAAGGGCAAAAAUGGCUGUCUUUAAAAAAUUGAAUGUGAAGGUUUUGAAACUUGAUGGCAACCACAUAAGUUCAAUAGAACAUGGCUUUGGUGUACUUUUAAAUUCAGUAAAAUACAUCUCUGUCCGAGCAAACUACAUUAAAGUAAGUUUUUGGCAGGAUGGGAAUAUAUUCUUUCUGGUCAAUUUCUUAAUAAUGUAUAACUUGAAAGUUGUGGAUAUGGGCGGCAAUGCAUAUUUGCCAAUUAAGGUCAGCCAUCCAAUACACCGACGGAGUAAUUAUAACAUGCAAAUAUUUCCCGCAAAUCUUGAAGAAAUAUACGCUGACAAUAUAGCUCUCACUAAGGAAUUCUACUUUUGGGACGAUGAUAUAUGCAUGAGUACCCCAAACCACCUUAAGGUUUUAGACAUGUCAAACACAAUCGUUGCCGGGUUAGGUGCCUCACUAUUGGGCUUAUAUAACCUCACAUACGUGAACUUUCAGAACUCAAAAAUAAUUUUCACAGAUCCGAAUGCACUCAACUGUAAAAACUUUCCGAAACUCCAAACUCUCCUACUGGGAAAUGUUGACUUCCGACCCAUGUACACUCAACUAAAUGACACCGUAUCAGCAUUCCAGAAUUGCUCAACAAUAAAAUCUAUUGAUUUAGAAAAUACAAAUUAUGCUGAUCCACGUGUGAAUACGUUUAUUGACAUGGACAAUGUGCGAUACAUCAACCUAAGCAAUAAUGGGAUUGUUUCUUUGGACAUUGAUCUCCAUAAUAAUUGGAAUUUAAAACUGUUGAACUUAUCAUCAAAUCGCAUAAGCCAGCUUCCAAAAUUGAUGAUGUCACAAUUGGAUCAUACUGCUAAAAAGGCCAAAGAGAAUCAAACAAAACUUGUAGUAGACUUGAGCUUCAAUCCAUUGCUCUGUGGCUGUGGUCAACAACAGUUCAUCGAAUGGAUGAAAACAACCAGAGUAAAGUUCUAUAACUUUGAAUCAUACCGUUGCCUCAGGAAUACUGAGUAUCAUCUUCUACAUACAUUAUCCAUUAAAGAAACAGCUUUAAUGUGCAAGAUGACAGUUAUAGUGUCAAUUUCAUCUUCCAUAGGUGUAAUGAUACUUGUGGGAAUCUUAUCUUUGGUUAUCUAUGCUAAACGACAUCGCUUGGAAUAUCUCUGGCUGAUGACAAGACAAAUGGUGAGACGAACCCUUCAGACCAGGAAGCAGCCUGACGACUACAGGACAUUCAACUACCAUGGGUUCUUAUCGUACAGUAGCAAUGAUGAUAUUUCAAUCAUCGUUAAAAUACAGGAAAAGAUAGAGGAGGAAUUUGGACUCUGUUUGGUCAUUCAUCAACGGGACUUCAUUCCUGGUGAACUAAUUAAUACAAAUAUCAUACACUUCAUUGAAGCUAGCCGCAAAGUAAUCAUACUAAUGUCGAACAAUUACUUAGAAAGCAGAUGGUGUAAUUUUGAGUUUGAACUGUCGCGGAAUAAGCGUCUCGAUGCUACCUACGAUACCAUGGUGAUGAUUCUGCUGCAUGAUCUCAAGGAUUUAAACAAGGAUAAAAUAUCUUCCAGUUUGAAAAGCUACCUAGGUCAGAAGACCUUUCUUCAAUGGCCGAAAGAUUCUUCACAAAACCCAGCAUUCUGGUUGAGAUUAAAAGAGGCCCUAGAUUUUGGUGAUGUAGAAAAUGGCACUGAUGAUGACGAUGGUACUGAUCACACUGAUUCCACACAAAACAAUAUGAUUGAAAAUCAGGAUGAGGGGUAUCCUGGAGCUGAGCUAAUCCAAUUGGAUAUUGAGCCUAGAGAUGUUAAUGCAUUUCAUUAUGAUGGUGUAUUGCAUGAUGAUGUUGUAGUGCAUCAUAAUGACAACAGCAUAUUGAUGACUGUUGAUGCUGAAGUGCACAUUGAUGAUGACAUACAGCCAUUGCUGUAAUCCUAUACUGUAUAACAAUUUAACAAUAUUUGUAAGCAGAGGCAAACAUAUUAUAUGUAACGAUUUUAGAUUAUCAUUUCUUCAUAAAUGUGAUUCUGCAGAUGACAUUAAAAUACACAAUAGUGAUCUCCCAACCACUUAACUGGCUCUGCCAUCACCUGAAUAUUUGGAAUGGCUUGUUUGGAUAAUUAAGUACAGACAAUUCAGAUACUAAUGGAUAGGAAUAUCAGAAUUUUGGAUUAAGACAUAUGUACUCAUUUAUCAUAAAACAAUCAUUCACUAGUAUCUCUCAUAAU